AUGUAUUCAUUGACACACUGGGAGCUUUUGGGACAUUUGGGAAACUUUCGCCUGCCAGACUUAUAUCACUCCCCGGUGACCCUUUCUCGUCCUCUUCAGUUCGUCCUUGGUUAUGCCCCUCGUGCCUGUUCCUGGGCGCCGUCACGAGCCGCGAGCAGCUGUAGUGCCCGAGACGCCGCUAUAAAAGAUGUAAGUCAGAUCUCGAGGAUGGAGCCACGCCCUUCUUCGCCGUCAGUUAUCGAGUUGGUCCUCGAUGUGAAGCUCGAGUACGAGGUAACAUUUGCUACCCGACGCCGGACGCCUCACCGCCCGACAGCCCCUUCGCUGCCCAUCCAGGUGCCGCACCUCCAGGAACCGAAGAUACGUCCAGUUGCUACAGUCCAUCCUGCAAUAUUUAAUAGAAAACGUGACCCAUCCGAAGAAAACGUACCUCGAAAGGGGGACUUCGAAUUUCCCGAGAAAGACGCUCCUCCCGAGCAAGAAUUAGAGUCAGACGAUUUUCCUUGCAAAGAGGGGAACCCAACUGACCCAGAGGUCAUCCAGAAAAACACCCUUAAUAACCAUUCUACCGUAUCUUCAGCCGAUUCCCGUGACAAAGAAGAAAAUAACCCACAGUCAGACUGCGCUAACGAGCCAUUCGAUCGCUCCUGCUUCUUCUCCACCCGAUACAGGAGUUACAGACUCAGACGCCAGGAAGUCCCAGACCCUUGCAAGAAACACCGAGACGUCGUUUUGAACGCCGAAUACCGUCUCCAUAAAGCACUAAAAAUGGAAUGUCAAGAUGGACACGGGUGCGUCUCAGAGGGUCAGCAGGUCGAAGAGCAGCGUGAGGAAAUCCAGCGAGAGGGAGAGAGAGACAUCUCCAUUACCGAGUGUCUCGAAGAGUUCCUUGCCGAGCUUCACCUAAGCCACCUGGCCGACUACCUGCGAGUGCUUGGCUGCACCUGCGUGAGAGACCUGCGCCUCCUAGAGACCUCGGAGCUCGAAGCCAUCCAGCUGGUGUCCCGUCGACGCCUCCUUCAGCAGCUCGAUUCCCUGAAGCUCCACCACGAAGCGCCUCCCGAGGACUGCUCUCUGGAAGGGUGGCUGACGUGGUACGGCCUCACACACAUCUCGGGUUUCCUGAUGGCCAUCGGGGUGCAUACUGUAGGUGACCUGGCCUACGUAAGGGAGGAGGACCUGGUUCUCCUGAAGCCCGUGACUCGCAGAAGGAUCCUCGCCUGUAACAAAAGGAUGCACUAGGUCAGCAUUCAGCGGCGUGGGAUGAGGCCACAGUUGCUUCUUCGAAAUAGUAUUGAAUCUAAUAAAACGUGUUUAACA